CAUAAAUAUUAGAGUCUUCUUCCUAACCCUCUUCAGUUGCAGUCGCCGAAGAGCUCCAAAUCCUCUUUUCAUUCACUUCAUCGAUCCCCAGAUUCCGCCAUGGCGACCGGAGCUGCACCGCCGCGUCAACUCUCACAGAAGGAGGCCGACAUUCAGAUGAUGUUGGCUGCCGAAGUUCAUCUUGGCACAAAAAAUUGCGAUUUUCAAAUGGAACGAUACGUUUUUAAGCGCCGAAAUGAUGGAAUCUACAUCAUUAACCUUGGUAAAACGUGGGAGAAACUUCAGCUGGCUGCAAGAGUUAUUGUGGGUAUUGAGAAUCCUCAGGAUAUCAUUGUUCAGUCUGCUCGACCCUAUGGUCAGAGGGCUGUUUUGAAGUUUGCUCAGCACACUGGUGCUCAUGCUAUUGCUGGAAGGCACACUCCUGGAACAUUCACCAAUCAGCUUCAGACAUCAUUCAACGAGCCACGCCUUCUUAUACUUACUGAUCCUAGAACUGAUCAUCAGCCCAUUAAGGAAGCUGCACUUGGUAACAUUCCCACAAUAGCCUUUUGUGACACUGAUUCUCCAAUGCGGUAUGUUGAUAUUGGAAUCCCGGCUAACAACAAGGGGAAACAUAGCAUAGGAUGUUUGUUCUGGCUUUUGGCAAGGAUGGUCCUACAAAUGCGUGGGACAAUUCGUGCUGGCCACAAAUGGGAUGUGAUGGUGGAUUUGUUUUUCUAUCGUGAACCUGAGGAGGCUAAGGAGCCAGAAGAGGAAGAGGCUCUUCCACCCGCAGAUUUUGGCAUUGCUGACUAUAGUGCUGCUCCACUUGCCUCAGAUCAAUGGACUUCGCAAAUUCCCGAUGCCCAAUGGGGUGCUGCAGAUGCACUUCCUCCUCCAGCUGCUGUUGUACCUGCUUCCGGUGCCGAAUGGGCUCCAGAGCCAGUUGCUUUGACAGCCGAUGGAUGGGAUGCUGCAGCACCACCUCCACCGCCGGCAGCUUCUGCGGACGGCACGGCACCUGCCUCCGCCAGUUGGUUUUGAGAGAGAAAAAGUUUAAAAUUCCGUAACGACUUGUACUCAAAUGGAUUAAUUAUUAUGAGUUUUCUUGUUUAUUUAGGAAUGACAUCCGUCUUUUUUGGUUGGAAAAUUUACUCGAUUAUUAUUUUUUUUAUAGUCCAGUUUUAGAUUUAAAGAUUGAA